CUCUUAGCAAACAUUUAAUUCACAAAAGAGACUAUAGUGUGUAUAGACUUAAUUUCAGUGAGACUCAACAAAAAUGGCCUCUACACAAUGUUUCUUGCACCACCAAUAUGCUCUUACAACUCCAACUACUAGAAUUUCAUCUCAACGACAAAUUGUUAGCACCAAACCAAACAUUGUUGUUUGCAAGGCACAGAAACAUGUAGUGCAAGAAGAUGAUGAUGAUGCUGUGAGUUUUGUUUCUCGUAGGUUAGCACUUUCUGUUCUCAUUGGUGCUGCUGCUGUUACUUCAAAGGCUUCACCUGCUGAUGCAGCUUAUGGAGAAGCUGCAAAUGUGUUUGGAAGGCCAAAGACAAACACAGACUUCCUUCCAUACAAUGGUGAUGGAUUCAAACUGUUAGUGCCAUCAAAGUGGAAUCCAAGCAAAGAGAGAGAGUUCCCUGGUCAGGUUCUUAGAUAUGAGGACAAUUUUGAUGCUACAAGCAAUGUUUCUGUUAUGGUCACUGCUACUGAUAAGAAGUCCAUCACUGACUUUGGUUCACCUGAAGAGUUCCUAUCUAAGGUGGACUAUUUGCUUGGAAAACAAUCCUACUUUGGCCAAACUGAUUCAGAGGGUGGUUUUGAUACAAAUGCUGUGGCUGUGGCAAACAUCUUAGAGACUUCAGCACCAGUGAUUGGUGGGAAACAGUAUUACAACUUGUCAGUUUUGACAAGGACUGCUGAUGGAGAUGAAGGUGGAAAGCACCAGCUAAUUAUAGCAACUGUAAAUGGUGGCAAACUAUACAUUUGCAAGGCUCAAGCUGGUGACAAGAGGUGGUUUAAGGGAGCAAGAAAGUUUGUGGAGGACACAGCAAGUUCCUUCAGUGUUGCUUAAUUAAGAUAAUUAAGAACUAUGUGAAGGGUUGUUAUGUAAAUCAUUUUCUUAAAAGAUUUGUGCAUCUCUCUUUGUUGGAGUAAGCACUUGAAAUUUUAAUUUUGAAUGGCUUUUAACCUUCUCCCUAAUUAAGAAUUUUAAGUUGUUACAAGCCAUUGAGAAGCAUUAUUAUAAUAUAAAAGAUAAUAAUAUAUCAGAAGACAUCAGCCUC